GUGGCAGAUAGUAUUUUUCCUGGCUGUCAUCGUCACAUAUAAAAAUAAGAAGCAACCAAACUGGAUCGCAUACAUUAGCAACACAUGUAUGUACAGCAAGGUGGUACAUUUGAUACUCUUCUUUAGACAAGAUCCAAAGUACUCGAUCAUGUACGGGAUAAUAUGUAUCGUGCAUCAUGUGUUAUGUCCUGAGGCUUCCUUCAAAGGUCCAGAAAACAUCACAUAUUUCCGAGGCCCACAUUUAGAGGAUGAGAUCAAGAAGGAUUCGCGAGUGACGUGGAUCGUAGCGUUCUACGCUGCCUGGUCGCCUGACUGCAUCUCAUUCGCGUCGACGUUCGCCACCAUGUCCAUCAAGUAUUCAUUACCGAACCUGAAGUUUGGAAAAAUGGAUGCCAGUCGAUACUCGAUCGUCGCAGAAAGAUUUCGCAUAGAUGUUUCGCCGACGAGCAAGCAGCUACCUACGGUGAUCGUAUUCCAAGGUGGAAGGGAGAAGAGAAGACGACCUUACAUCGACUACAACGGGAAGGUCACGAGAUUUGUCAUGGCAGAGGAGUAUCUAAUAAAAGACCUGGAGCUCAAUCAAAUCUACGAGGAUUGCAAGAAGAAUCCCAUCAAGAUGAGGACGAAGGUGAAGGUGGAGAAAAAGGAGGAAACCCCAGCAGAAGGAGUCCCGCCCCCGGCAGAAGAGAAGGGCAGUGAGGAGAAGAAGAACGACUGAGGAAUGAGAGUUUUGAAUCCGCGUGAGAACUUGUGCAAGACUUGGGUUAACCGUUGACAAGAUCGAUAGCAAUAGCCGGGAGAUUAUUGUGAAACGAUAGACACACCGUCAUCUCUCGUCAUUUCAUGCUCUCAUUAUCAUAAACACACACAAACACACAUAUAUAUGUAUAUAUAUAUAUAUAUAUAUAUAUAUAUAUUAAUCAUCUGUACAUAUGUUCUUGUCAUUAUUGAUUGUCAUUAUUGAAUUGUGAUCAAAUUAUAGUUGCACAGCGUAGAGAUCAUGACAUGGAUGGAUACUUGCAGCUUCUCUCAUGAACGUAUUUAUACAUAUCUUUCUGUAAAGAUAUGACGGUGUCUCCAUGAUGAUGGGCAAUAUGUUGGCGCACUUUCAGCUUAGUGCGGAUUUGCGUUUUCAGUUUUUAGACGGUCGCUUCAGUUUAUCUGAACGUGAAUAAUUCAGAUCUCUGUUUUUGUUAUGUUUGCGUUUUUUACCGCUUGUAGGUAAUUUUUCAUACUCUUGCUGAGUAAAACAGUGCCGUGUAGAUGUGUCAUUGCUCCCCUCCCCCUCUUUACCUGAGGCAGCCAUUAUCCAUCAUUGCCUGCUAUGUUAGUGUAAGGUUGUGUGUGUGAACCGCUGUGCUAUCUGAUUUUAUAAUCUUUAUACGAUCUGCUCGUUUUAUCUGCAUCGAAUAAAGCGGUAUUUGUUGCAUUGUUAAA